AUGGGAUUCCUCUCCACUGUCCCCGCCACAGAACGCCUCGAGGCUCACCCAGACCACGAGCACUACAUCUCCUCCACCGUCUAUGGCAGCGCUCUCGCUGCAGAAGAGAUCCCAAGGUUCGAGAUGGCAGAGGAGGAGAUGCCUGCCAGGGUCGCAGCACGUUUCGUCCAUGACGAGCUUCUCAUGGAUGGUAACCCCGCGCUCAACCUGGCAUCCUUCGUGACCACGUACAUGGAGGAAGAGGCCGAGAAGCUCAUGGUAGAGAACCUGAGCAAGAACUUCAUCGAUCUCGAGGAGUACCCCGCGUUGGGGGAGAUCGAGUCUCGCUGCGUGAACAUGAUCGCUCGGCUAUUCAACGCCCCACUGGACAACAAGGACGCUGAGGCGGUCGGUGUGAGCACAAUCGGAAGCAGCGAGGCGAUCAUCUUGAGUUGCUUGGCCGCGAAGAAGAGGUGGCAGAACCUUCGCAAGGCCGCCGGUAAGAGCACCGAGCACCCCAACAUUGUCAUGAACGCUGCGGUCCAGGUCUGCUGGGAGAAAGCAGCCCGCUACCUCGAAGUGGAGGAGAAGUACUGGUACUGCUCGCAGGGCAAAUAUCUUGCCGACCCGAAGGAGAUGAUCGACCUCGUCGACGAGAACACCAUCCUCGUGUGCGGUAUCCUUGGGAGCACCUAUACCGGAGGGUAUGAGAACAUCGCCGAGAUUAGCAAGCUGUUGGAGGUCAAGAACAAGCAGCUUGGGACGGACGUAUGGAUUCAUGUUGACGCCGCCUCGGGAGGGUUCGUCGCACCCUUCACCAACCCCAACCUGCUCUGGGACUUCCGCGUACCCCGCGUGUGCAGUAUCAACGCCUCAGGUCACAAGUAUGGGCUGUCAUACGCCGGCGUGGGCUGGGCCGUGUGGAGGAAUACGAAUUUCCUCCCCAAGGAAAUCCUGUUCACCGUCAACUAUCUCGGAGCGCCCCAAGUGUCGUUCACCCUCAACUUCUCAAAAUCUGCGGUCCAGGUCAUCGGCCAAUACUACCAGUUCCUCCGUCUGGGCAAGGGAGGGUACAGGGCUAUCAUGACUAACCUCCAGAAGACCGCAGACUACCUCGCCGAGGAGGUCGUCCGUAUUCAGGACGGAACCAUGUUCGAGCUCAUGUGCGAGAUGAGGGGUAAGGGCCUCCCACUCGUUGCGUGGCGCAUCAAGGCGGACAAGCAUUAUGACGAGUUCGCUAUCGCAAGGCAUCUGAGGAGCCGCGGGUGGAUCGUUCCGGCGUACACGAUGGCGCCCCACGCAGAACAAACCAAGCUGCUGCGCGUUGUCGUACGUGAGGACUUCUCGCGCCAUCGGUGCGAAGUCUUUGUGCGCGACCUCAAGGACGCCAUCGACUUCCUGGACAAGACCCCCAGCGAGAUCAUCCAACAUCUGGCUAAUGCCUCCAAGAACAACGCGAAGCAGUCCCACAAGAGCGCAAAGGUCAAGCACCACCACGAGCAUGACAGCCUUCAGGCGAAGCAUGGCAAGACCCAUGGCGUAUGCUGAACGCCCCCGCAUGAGACGAGAGCAUUCUCCGAGCAGAACGCCAUGUUGGAGUAUACUGAUGAGGAGAUGAUAUUGCACCUGAUUUUGGUUUGUUUUUGUAUACAUGUUGGAACACUCAGAACGCGGUACGCCGCGGACAAGCCUCACUAGUCCCGAAACCUUUGAAUCCCG